GUCCAUGAGCAAUGUCAGGAUGGGGAGAAGUCCUACAAGUGCUUGGAGUGUGGGAAGAGCUUCAGCCAGAGCAACAGCCUGAUCUGCCACCAGAUGAUCCACACUGGGGAGAGGCCCUACGAGUGUCCUGAGUGCGGGAAGAGGUUUCACAGCAGCUCCAAUCUCCUCCUGCACCAGCGCAUUCACACGGAUGAGAGGCCCUUCCGCUGCCCUGACUGUGGGGCGGGAUUCAAGCAGAACUCCCACCUUAUCACCCACCAGCGCAUCCACACUGGGGAGAGGCCCUAUGAGUGUGGGGAAUGUGGGAAGAGCUACAGCUGCAGCUCCCACCUCAAUACCCACAAACGUGUCCACACUGGGGAGAGGCCCUACGAGUGUCCCCAGUGUGGGAAGAGCUUCUCAGACAAAUCUAACUUGACCAGACACCAACGGAGGCACCAGUAAGGGAAGCCCUGCGAGUGCUCUAAGUGCAGGAAGAGCUUUGUGCACUGCUCCAGCUUCAUCCACCCUUGGAGGAUCCACUCCGGGGAAAGACCCACCCUGUGCCGGGAAGGCGGCCGGAGAUCCAGCCAGGGCUCUGAGCUGGUGGUCCAUGAGCAGCUUCAGGAUGGGGAGAAGCCCUACAAGUGCUUGGAGUGUGGGAAGAGCUUCAGCCAGAGCACCAAACUGAUCUGCCACCAGAUGAUCCACACUGGGGAAUGGCCUUACGAGUGUGGGGAAUGUGGGAAGGGAUUCAGCUACAACUCGCAACUCAUCCGUCACCGGCGCAUCCACACUGGGGAGAGGCCCUACGGGUGUCCCAAGUGUGGGAAGAGGUUUCAGAGGAGCUCCCAUCUCCUCAGGCACCAGCGGAUUCACACGGAUGAGAGGCCCUUCCGCUGCCCCGAGUGCAGGAAGGGCUUCAAGCACAACUCCCACCUCAUCAGUCACCAGCGCAUCCACACUGGGGAGAGGCCCUACGAGUGUCCUGAGUGUGGGAAGAGGUUUCACACCAUCUCCAAUCUCCUCAUACACCAGCGGAUUCACACGGAUGAGAGGCCCUUCCGCUGCCCCGACUGUGGGGAGGGCUUCAACCAAAACUCCCACCUCAUCACCCACCGGCGCAUUCACACUGGGGAGAGGCCCUACGAGUGUGGGGAAUGUGGGAAAAGCUUCAGCCACAGCUCCAGCCUGAUCCUCCACCAGAGGACCCACACCAGGGAACGUCCCUAUGAGUGUGAGGAAUGUGGGAUGACCUUCAGCCAGAGGUCCCAACUCACCAUCCACCAGCGCAUCCACACUGGGGAGAGGCCCUACGAGUGUUCUGAGUGUGGGAAGAGGUUUCACAGCAGCUCCAAUCUCCUCCUGCACCAGCGGAUUCACACGGAUGAGAGGCCCUUCCGCUGCCCCGAGUGCAGGAAGGGCUUCAAGCGAAACUCCACCCUCAUCACCCACCGGUGCAUCCACACUGGGGAGAGGCCCUACAAGUGUCCCCAGUGUGGGAAGAGCUUCACCUGGAAAUCUAGCUUGACCAAACACCAACGGAGGCACCGGUAAGGGAAGCCCUGUAAAUGCCCCAAGUGCAGGAAGAGCUUUGUGCACUGCUCCAUCUUCAUCCCGCCUUGGAGGACCGAGGUCAGGAAGAGACCUGGUGAUCCAUGUUCCCUGUGGUCCAUGCUGGGAAGACACCUGUCCCUUUUCCUGCCCAUGGCAAUGUCAUGAUGUGGUAUCAAAGAAUGUGAGAGUCUGACCAUGUCCUUGUCAUUAUAUUCAAUCCCAUAUCAGGUCAUUGCCAGGGGCAUGAAAAGGACUCCCUCUCUCUCA